AUGACUGACAUUUCAAAUGCUUCGGGAAAGAAAAAACCUACAAGUUUUAAAACCACCAUUGUAGUUGAAGUUAUUACCGGUUCGGCGUCAGUUACUUUAUAUGAUUCUGACGCAAAGAAGCUUAUAAGAAAAAACGCACAUGAGUUGGUUCAUGAGUUCUAUAAGGUUGGUAAUAAUGAAAUUUAUCCAUCUGCUCUAAAUAUACUAUUGGAAAAAAAGAUGGCGUUCAAAAUUCAAAUUACACAUGACAAUUUGAAUAGCAAAACAGAAGGUUAUGCUAUCUCAAUGAUCACGUCUAACGAUACAAUCAUUGAUGUAUUGGAAAAAAAUGAAAAUGGAUCGGCAUCAUCAUUGUGUGGACUCCUUCUUCUUGAAUCCUAUGAUCCAGAUGAAUAUGUUUCAAAGAUUUUAUUUGUUAUCAAACCAACGACUUCAGAUGCCAAAUGGAUACCGUUUCCAACCUCUGAAUACACUGCAACAAAGUUUGCUUUGGUAGUUAUCAGUUCAAACCCGUUACAUUUCAAGGUCAUUCGAUUGUCAUACACAAAGCCAUCUGAUAUGCCUACGGAAAAAGUGGACUAUGAUUACUACAACAUAGAAUUGUUUUCAUCUACUACAUGGCAAUGGAGGGAGUUUCAAAAUAUCCGAUUACCAUCAUCUGCUUAUCCUGUCUCUGAUGAGGCAGUUACAAGUGGCGGUGCCGUAUACUUCUUAUUAUCUAAUGAUACCAUAUUGCGAUUUGAUAUUUAUUCAGAAGAACAUAUACUCAUAUUUUCACCUUCUACUAUUAAUGAAUUAAAACCAUAUGCAUCAAGACUAAUCAAGUUUCACGGAAAAUUAGGAUAUGUCUCUAUAAGUGGAGAUACUUCGUGUGUUAUUUGGAUUUUCAUGCACAAUCAGUGGGUUAAAGUAGAUGAUAGUACUUACAAUGAAAGUGCACAUGAAUGGUCGGAUUAUAGAAACAAUACCCUAUAUUUCUUAAGAGGAAAUACGAUUGAGUAUGUGGUUCCGGUACAUCAUUCUCAACAAGUUUUUUCAAUCCGUUCUGAUUUUGAUACAAUGAGUAUGCCAAGUCGAUAUUACUGA